AUGCUGGGCCAUUUCUUUUCAGAACAUAUGGAUGAACGGUACAUACUGAAAAGCGUUGUCGGACAGCCGGCGGAGGGACUGUGUGUGUUGAAGCGAUUCCCGGAUAGUAUUAUACUUGCUAAGCCAAGGUCAUUCCAGGGCCACUCACACACAACACAUGGUCUCAUGGAGACGGCGAGUCGCGCGAUCUACACAGGGUCAAUGAUCGGCGUCGUGCCACCCAAAGUUUAA